AAUGAUAAGGGCGACAAUGUUUAUUACACAUCAUUUUUCAUAAACAAUGUUGUUUAUGAUACCCAUGAUGAUGCUUGUGCGGCUGCAAAGGAGAUUGCCAUGAGAAAUAGGUUUUUCUUGAUUGUGGGAUCAGUCAAGCAAAAUCACCUAUCAAAAGUCUAUCCGCGGUACUAUAUGGAUUGCAACCAUGGCUAUAGGAACAAAUCAUAUACUCCUCAUUUGGCAAAAACAACACGGAGCAAAUCUAAAAUAGGUAAGUCUGAUUGUCGUUUCCGAGUGGUAGUGCGUUGUUCAUUGGUAGAUGGCAAGUGUGAGUGGAGAAUUUUUGGUGUUAAGGACAAAGAUAAUCCGGGUAAGUCGAGAGGAUUUCACAAUCACAAAUUGGAGGUUUAUUCUGAAGGAAGUAGGUAA